AUGAAUAGAUAUGAAACAGCCGACCAUGACUAUAUGCAUGCCAAGGACUACUUCAACAACUAUAAAUUUGGGUACAUUGAAAGAACGACAAAGACUCUUCUUCUUCAAAGUCUUAGGCCGGAAGAUAGACAAGAUGAAGAUCUGCUUAGCAUAAUGAAUCAAAGCAAAUCCCAGUUGAAAGAUGUUAAGUCUAUUGGUAAAGAAGCUUCCAAAUCCAUUUCUGAGCUGUCAGAGCUUAUCUACGAGACCAAAAAUAAACUCUUGAAGUAUGAGGAGAUGCUUGGCCAUGAAAUGGAAAGAGAGAGAGAUCUUGCCGAGGAAUACUCUAGACUUGAAAGCCUUGACGAAAACUUAAAAACAUAUGAUGAACUCAAGGCAUUGUUUGAUAAAGGAUGCGAAGAAGUUGAAGAAAAUUCUAAAAAAAUAAGUGCUCUCAAGGAAGAAAUUGCAAUAUCAAGUACUAGCGAGGCGGAAGAGGAACUGAAAAAGAUGAAGGACCGAAGAGAUAAACUCUGUGGAAAGCAGAAAAGACUUUCUCUAAUAACUAUGGAAAGCUAUCUGGAAGAUUCAUACAAUUGGUACAAGAAAUCACUUGAGCUGAUCAAAAAUGUCUUUGGUAUAAGUCUUGUUACCAUUGAGCAAGAGGGCAACGAGAUGUACAUGAGACUCAAGGUUUUUGCAUGUGAGAUAGGGAUAUUUGUAAGAGAUGGUCGAAUGAUUGAUUUCAAGUUAUACAACAACAAUGAUGAGACCCUUGCAUCGUUUUUUGAGGAAGCAGGUAGGCUUGCCGUAUCUGUUAACGACCCCCGUAUAUUGCUUUUGUUGGUUGCAAAUAGGUGUAAAGUAACGGAGGUUUGA